UAGGAGGGUGAUGAUAUCGUACCCGUCGCGACUCGAUGCGGCGAAGUCUCUCUCUCCUUACGAAGUGUCGUUUCUUUGUGCGACGGUACGGCAUAUCCGUUUUAUUGUUUAGUAACAAAGUGCGGCGCUGUGCAAUCGGUGCGAUCCCUUCGAGUGAUUCAAGAAAGUUCGAGGUGAUUUCGCGCAGCUGCGAUGGAUUACGAUUCGUAAAGAUAAAACGUGAACCGAUUACGCACGUCGACCGUUAAGGGACUAAACGGAAAUUGCCCGCGGCGAAAAUAUUCGAAUGUCUAGACCGAGGUAGACAGAAUGGGCACGAAAGUACUCAUUGAAAUGCAACAGCAGCUGAUGCACUCCAUGUCUAGUUCGGAAAACGCGCCUACCAGCACGAAAAAGUUGGACGACAUGGUGGAGAUCGAUAGGUCGAUAUUUCUAGUCUUCGAGGAUAUUUCGUACACGACGAUAUUUUCCAAAGAAAAGUUGGACUUGCUGCAAAACAUUAGCGGGGAGUUUAGGGCCGGUGAACUGACGGCCAUCAUGGGACUGUCUGGCGCGGGAAAGUCGACGCUGAUGAACAUAUUAGCGGGCUAUACAACAAAGGGCGUGACCGGGAAUAUAAUGGUGAACUCGAGGACCAGGAAUCUCACGGAAUUCAAACGGAUAUCCGCGUAUAUAAUGCAAAACGACAAUUUGCAGCCACUGUUGACCGUACAGGAAGCGAUGGACAUCGCCGCGGAUCUUAAGCUUGUCGCCAGUCAUCAACAAAAGGCACAAAAGAUCGAACAGAUUUUGGUCACAAUGAACCUGGACGCGUCCCGUUACACUCGUACAGGGCAACUCAGCGGCGGGGAAAGGAAAAGAUUGGCGAUUGCGUUGGAGAUGCUCAACAGUCCACCGAUUCUGUUCCUCGACGAACCGACUAGUGGGUUGGACAGCGUCACUUCGAAGUAUUGCAUAACGUUGCUGAAGCAAUUGGCGAAGGCGGGACAGACGGUAAUUUGCUCGAUACAUCAGCCGAGCGCGUCGCUUUUGAGCAUGAUAGAUCACCUUUACGUCGUUGCGGACGGAUACUGUGUCUACAGCGGUAGCACGCAGAAUUUAGUACCCUAUCUGAGCAGCCUUGGACUGCAGUGUCCGACGCACUACAACCCAGCCGACUACCUGAUGGAAAUCUGUAAUGGGGAUUACGGCAAACACGUGCCGAAAUUGGUAGACGCGAUCGAGAAUGGAAAAAGUAACGCCUGGAGGUCAACGAGCAAUGUAACCGUCAAUUGUCAGGAGGAAGUUAUCGCUUUGAAUGUAACAGCAUCGUUUCAAGCGCUUCGGCAGCGUUACCCGAUGGAAAUGGAUCCUGUUCGCGGUGAACGCAAGGUUUCCUACGAUUACGCCGCGAAUGUCUGGAAACAGUUGAUCAUAUUGCUCAAACGAAACGUCAUUAGACUGUCUAGGGACAAGAUAUUAACGUUCACACGGCUCUCAAUGCAUUUUAUAAUUGCUGUAUUGGUCGGGAUGAUAUACUUUCGAAUCGGCCAGGACGCUGUCUACGUUCUGGACAACUUCAAUCUGUUGUUCUUCAACAUAAUGUUUCUCAUGUUCAGCUCGUUCAGUGCGGCCGUGACGACAUUUCCGUUGGAGUUACCGAUAAUCACGCGCGAAUACUUCAAUCGAUGGUACAAGUUACCCUCUCUUUAUCUCGCCAACAAAUUGGCCGAUCUUCCCAUUCAGUUCAUGGCUAUCUUCCUCUACAUUCUUAUAGUGUAUUACCUGAGCGAUCAACUUAUGGAGCUACGACGUUUCUGUCUCUACGUUUUAAUGUGCUUCGCUAUUAGCAUGAUCUCCCAAACGUUUGGGCUUUUAGUUGGAACCGGAAUGAACUUACAGCAUGGUAUGAUUUUCGGACCACUUGUCACCAUUCUUCCGUUUUUAAUGUUCAGUGGAUUCUUUGUACAAUUCAGGGAUGCUCAUCCGUAUCUACGUUGGAUGUUUCAUUUGUCGUUUCUUAAGUACGGCUUCGAGGGUGUCAUGGUUGCCAUUUAUGGCCUGGACAGGCCAAAGCUCUCCUGCUCGGACGUCUAUUGCCAUUUCGCUGUGCCAGAGAAACUAUUAAGCGCCGUGGACAUGAAACAAGCCGAUUAUUGGUUCUGCUUGAUCGUUCUGACAUGUCUGUACUGCGUGCUGGACAUUGGAGCGUUUGCAUUGCUGAAGCUGAAACUGGAGAAACACUUAUAAGGACCAGGAAUGUCGGAAUUACGAUAUUCAGCGAAACCAAGAGAUUUUUUCGUACGAUCGAGAUACGGGUUGUGUUCAGUUUAGUGCAAACAAAAACAGUAUAAAUGAAUUCAAUCGAAAGACUGACCGCCGUGUAUUUUUUAAACGUUUUACGCCGCGACGAGGGAAGGAGACACAUCGCCAGAGAUUGUUCGUUGAAUAAUAAACAUGACUAUCGUUGCAUUUGUGGCACGUUUCGUCGAGGAAUGCUUCGUGCAGAUCACACGCAGAUGUCUCGAAGGAACGUGUACGUUGCGCGGAAGAACGCGUCUGGUAC